AUGGAUGCACAGCAGCCAACAAGAAGCCUUGAGACCCUCCCAGCCGAACUCCGACGCUGUCUACUUUCAAACCUGCAUCUCGCUCAACUAUCGGCUUUGGUCCACGCCUCGCCUGUCUAUCACCAACAGUAUCUUGUCGACCGCAAAUAUCUCCUCUCCCGAAGCAUUGAGCAGACAUUGGGCAGCGUGGCCGCCGACGCCCUUUUCGUUCACGAGCUCGAGACAAAACCAAAAGUUGAGCGAGUCGAUGCUGAGCUUUUGAAGCGAUAUUCGGAGAACGCCUCACGACGUCGCCUGCCAUAUGGCAACGACCACUCCCAAGCAGAGAACGUGGACAUCGCUGCCUUCCACUUGCGUUACGUGGAGCCGCUUGCUACCCACUACGCCCACUCGCUGUUGGAGAACCUUGCAGGCGAAGCGAAUUCUGACAAAGGCAAACAUGUGCCUACAGCAUCCGAGAUGGUGCGACUUACGAGGGCCAUGUAUCGCUUCCAGCUGCUCUGCCAACUCGCUGGUCCCGCGGGUAGAACUUAUCCCAACGACCCAAGAGAGGACAGCUAUACAGCUUUGAUCAACCUGAUGGAGCCGUGGGAAGUCGAAGAGCUCUUAUCGUUCUACCAGUUUGCACGAGGGAGCUACGAGAAGAUCCUAAAUGACGUUCGAUGGGAUUUCCAUGAAGACAAUCCCAGGUUUGCGGAAAAAUUCGACCCUCAGCCCCGGAAGGGGCCUUUGAUUUGA